AUGUCCUCUCCUGAAGCGUAUACGAUUGCGCAAGUACCUUUGGUCGCGCAUUCCUUUAGCCCUGACCGCUCUGCAAUUGCACUGAGCACAAAUACGAAUGAAGCGCAAAUUUAUGCUCGUCAGGGCUACGACUGGCAGCCCGUGAGCACGCUCGCAGGGCACGACAAACUCGUUACAUCCAUUGACUGGGCUCCAACGACCGAUCGCAUCGUAACCUGUGGCCAGGACCGAAACGCCUACGUCUGGACAAAAGAGGCCGACCCUUCGAGCCCGUCCCAGCUAAUCUGGAAGCCCACGCUCGUUGUUCUCAAAAUAAAUAGAGCUGCGACACAGGUCCGGUGGAGCCCAUUGGAGAACAAAUUUGCUGUCGCCAGUGGCGCACGCUCCAUUUGCGUGUGUUCUUUCGACGAAGAGAUGAACUGGUGGGCGUCCAAGCAACUCAAGAAACCGAUUCGUAGCACUGUACUCUGCGUGGAUUGGCAUCCGAACAAUGUAUUACUUGCGGCCGGGAGCGCAGACGCCAAAGCACGUGUAUUUUCCACGUUUCUGAAAGAAGUGGACAAAAAGCCACCGGCAAAUGUGUGGGGAGACAAAUUUCCAUGGAACACGGUCUGUGGCGAGUACAGCAGCCACGCAGGAGGCUGGGUCCAUUCCGUUGGAUUUUCUCCUUCAGGAGACGCUAUGGCUUUCACCAGCCACGAUUCGACAAUCACCAUCGUCUAUCCAAGUGGGCCGGCGGUCAUUACUAUCAAAGGCACAACACUUCCAUACGUUACACUGACAUGGACAGCGGAAGAUGCGCUCAUUGCUGCGGGUCAUGACUGUCAACCCGUCCUCUUCUCCGGCACGGCAAGUGGAUGGAAGGCGAUUGGAUCUCUCGACGACGCAAACGGACCGCGUUCUUCCAGUUUACCAUCAUCGGUCUCAAGCCCGCGUACUGCGGGCGCCGUCGGUGGAGGUGGAGGACCCCCUGUCGGUCGCUUGAAUAAUGCAGCGUUCAAUAGGUUCAAAGAUGCAGAUAGUAGAGGACAAAGUUCGAUACCCGGUACACCAUCGAGCCCCGGAGGCGGGUUGUUCGGCGGUUCCGCGACACCUGGAGGCGUGACCGGUGGAGAGCUUAUGACGCUCCAUCAGAACACUAUUACGAGCGUCCGUCCAUACGAGUGGGGUCCAAAUGGUAAUGUGACCAAAGUUUCAACAACUGGUGUGGAUGGUAAACUUGUUAUCUGGUCUGUUUCCGCAGCGGCCGGUUUAGCGCCCAAGAUUUUUGUACGUUGA